AUGAUUGUAUUUUACAGCCGAUUGAACAAUCUCGAAUCAUCAAUCAAGACAAGCACCGAAAAUCCUCUAUUUGGCGAUUACGACGAAAAAAGUUGGUUCGGCGAAAGUGGCGUGCCUAAUCUGGCACGUGACCCAAUCGCGCAAUUUCUGGCACUGCUCAAAAAACCUCGAACAAUGGGCAACCUGGAAGCCCUUAUCAGGAUUAAAGUGAUAAUCAAAAUGAAUAGUGCUGAGGCAAAGGAGGGUGUAGUACAGAGAAAUAAUUUUAAGAAGGAAUUAAAAAAGAAAAAUUCUCCAAGAAAAUCGAAGAAGUCUUAA